GGCAGGUGCAGCCUCCGGAGCGCAGCGGCUGGAGAUCGGCCGCGGAGGUGCGCGCAGGGCCCGCGCCGCCUCCGGUAUCUCCGCCGCCAGCACCUCAGCCACCGCCGCUGCCGGUGCCGCACGAGGCCCCACACCCUGCGCUCCGCCGCUGCGGUCCGGGAUCCGCGCUCCGCGCCCGCAGCCCAGCAUGUCCCAGCAAACCCCAGAAAUUUACUCCGUGGAGCUCAGCGGAACUAAGGACAUCGUGAAAACAGACAAGGGGCAUGGCAAGGAGAAGUACAGGGGUCUGAAGAACAACUGCCUGGAACGCAGAAAGAAAAAUCACGAAGAGGAGUUUCAGAAAGAACUCCAUCUGGAUGACCACAAACUCAGCAAUAGGGAAUUGGAAAAGAAAUAUGGCACAGACAUCAUUACGGGUCUCUCCAGCACCAGAGCCGCCGAGCUCCUGGCCCGGGAUGGGCCCAACUCCCUCACCCCUCCCAAGCAGACGCCUGAGAUCGUCAAGUUCCUCAAGCAGAUGGUGGGGGGGUUCUCUGUCCUCCUGUGGGUGGGCGCCUUUCUCUGUUGGAUUGCAUUUGGGAUUGAGUACUCCAGCAACAAGUCUGCAUCCCUGAACAACGUGUACUUGGGCUCUGUGCUUGUCCUGGUGGUCAUUUUCACGGGGAUCUUUGCUUAUUACCAAGAGGCAAAAAGCACCAACAUCAUGUCCAGCUUCAAAAAGAUGAUCCCUCAGCAAGCUCUGGUCAUCCGCGAUUCCGAGAAGAAGACCAUCCCUUCAGAGCAGCUGGUGGUGGGGGACAUUGUGGAGGUCAAAGGAGGAGACCAGAUCCCCGCAGACAUCAGGGUGCUGUCUUCUCAGGGGUGCCGGGUGGAUAACUCGUCUCUCACGGGGGAAUCUGAGCCCCAGCCCCGCUGCUCUGAGUUUACCCAUGAAAACCCCCUGGAAACGAAGAACAUCUGCUUCUAUUCCACAACGUGUCUGGAAGGCACCAUCACCGGCAUGGUCAUCAACACGGGUGACCGCACCAUCAUUGGCCAUAUCGCCUCUUUGGCCUCAGGAGUUGGAAAUGAGAAGACGCCCAUCGCCAUUGAGAUCGAGCACUUCGUUCACAUUGUGGCAGGAGUGGCUGUCUCCAUCGGCAUCCUUUUCUUCAUCAUCGCAGUGUCCAUGAAUUAUCGAGUCCUGGAUUCCAUCAUCUUCCUCAUUGGCAUCAUUGUGGCCAAUGUGCCCGAGGGCCUCCUGGCCACGGUCACUGUGACCCUGUCGCUGACAGCAAAACGGAUGGCCAAGAAGAACUGCCUGGUGAAGAACCUGGAGGCUGUGGAGACCCUCGGCUCCACCUCCAUCAUCUGCUCAGACAAGACCGGGACACUGACCCAGAACAGGAUGACAGUGGCCCAUCUGUGGUUCGACAAUCAGAUUUUUGUGGCUGACACCAGUGAAAACCAUUCAAACCAGGUCUUUGACCAAAGCUCUAGGACUUGGGCCUCCUUAUCCAAGAUAAUAACAUUGUGUAACCGAGCCGAGUUCAAGCCAGGACAGGAAAAUGUCCCCAUCAUGAAGAAAGCUGUGAUUGGAGAUGCCUCAGAAACUGCUCUUUUAAAAUUCUCAGAGGUCAUUUUGGGUGAUGUGAUGGAAAUUAGAAAAAGAAACCGCAAAGUAGCUGAAAUCCCUUUUAACUCUACUAAUAAAUUUCAGCUCUCCAUCCACCAGACGGAUGACCCCCACGACAAGCGCUUCCUCAUGGUGAUGAAGGGGGCCCCUGAGCGCAUCCUAGAGAAAUGCAGCACCAUCAUGAUCAAUGGCGAGGAGCACCCACUGGAUGAGAGCACCGCCAAGGCCUUCCACACGGCCUACAUGGAGCUGGGCGGGCUGGGCGAGCGUGUGCUGGGUGAGUGCGGUGGCAGGGUCCUGCCCAUCACCUGGUGGGCACAGAGAUGAGGCAGGCACCUUGGGGACCUGUGACCUCGCCGAGUGGCCAUGGCAUCCACGUGAAGCAUGUAAAGGAGAACGUGAUAAGCAGGAUGGGAAAAAGGAGAGGAUGCUGUGUGACAGCACCAAGCGGGGUGAGGUGGCCUGCAGGAUG